GGGCUGCGGGGCACAGGGCCCGGCGGAGAGCAGCGGGGCCGCGGGCAGGAGUUGGCUUCCCGUGGACGUUGAUAACCAUGCAGCCAUUGAAAGCAGAGGAAAACGUGACAGAAAUCCUGAGCAGUAGUGAUGAAUCUGAGUGUGAGAGCUUGCCAGGGAGCCCAGUUGUGCUGGUGGAGCCUGUGGAGACGUCUGUUCCGGAGGAGAAAUUGGAGGAAGUUGUGGACAAGGAAUUUGAUUUAGUGGUUACUUUCUGCAAAAAACCUGAUGUGUUGCCUCACGCAAGAUAUGACUGUGCAGCGCACCCAUUUACGCGAACAGAAUGUGAAACAUGCUCACCCGUUGAGAAGAAUGAUGAUAUUUGUGACCAUUGCUACUGCUAUAUUUGUGAUAAGCUAGCUUCUGAGUGUGAGAACUGGACAGUCCCUUCCAUCUGCCACUGCAAUGCACACAACAAAAGCAAGUUCUGGAAGAAUCGACGUGAAGUUUUCAUGGCUGGCAUCCUUGGAAUAUUCAAUUUGCAUCUCACAGAUAUAGAUGCAGACCUUUGGCGGGGUGGAGAUCUUCUAAAAAAAUUUAUCCAGGAACUUUCUGUGGAAUAUAAUAACUAUCUGCUUGGGGAAGUGCCUCCCACACAACAUGAAUGCUCUUGCCUCCCAAAGCUCCCCCCUGGGCAAUGCAAUAUUUGCGGAUCACGCAGCACGGAGGUUGUAUACAAGUAUUCUGGAGUCUUUACACUGGUAACAAAAUUCUUAAAUCAGGCAGAAAAAGAGAAUCCAAAAGCUACUGCUGUCAUGUUUCUGGGAGCAGCUAAGGAGAUAGCGCUUCAUAAAGACCCUGCUUUAAACUGGCAAAACUUUGGUUACUCUUCUUCAUUAAUGGUUUCUGUCACUUGUCUGCUGCAAAGGAUCACAACCGGACUUCAGAGGAUGCUGGUGCUGUGCAACUUCCCCAAAACCUUGCAUGAAAAGUUUAUUGGUUUUUUUCGGUCCAUCCCACUUCCAUGUCACUGCUUUGUCUUCUCAAAUAGCUUGAAUAUUGUGCCAUGGGAUAAUGUUUUACUGACUGCUGUGUUAAGAGGCCGGACUGCCAGUGGUCGCAGAAGAACGAGAGGAAGAAGACCAUCCCUGUGGGAAUGGAUUGCUGUUGUAGAGGCUCGAGUGGAGAGAUUGGUAGAAAAUAAGAAGUAUAAAGAAAUUGUUCACUACCUGAGGGCUGUGAAGUGCAAUGAUAUCAAAGGGUUAAGACGCCUCCAGGAUAAAAUCCCAUUCUAUCUGUGUAAAUCUGGAAACUUCCUAGAUGCUUCACAUUCCCUGCUGGUUCCUGUCAACAACCUGACCUGCUGCAUUGCCUGCCGCCUAACAGCUUCGGAGUAUGAGGCCUAUCUGAAGAUGUUCAGAACAGGCAGUGUCCCUGAUGGAGAUGAUGUACUGCACCCUGGGCUCUGGGUUGUAGCUGGGCAACCCUUGAGAGAAGGUGCUCUGAUUAAGCAAGCCCUGAGAAUGCUUCACAGCAGUGUGUCGCUCUACAGGAAUCCUAAAUGCUGGAGUACCCUCAUUAUGAUCUUGGGCAGUAACAAGUUCCUGGGAAAAAGUGGGCACCUAUAUCCUGCACCGCUGAGAGAGCCAUCACUUGACUACCAAGAGGAGGUGCUUUCUGCCAGUUUUAACAUUUUGGAGGAACUGAAGAACAACCAUCAUGCUGCUUUCCGAGCUUAUAUUUUCUCUCCUGAAUUCUACCAAGAGACUAGUCUUAUUGUCGCAGUCCAAGCAAUACAACAGAUGGUUUUUUGUGAUCUUCCAUACUUGACUUCCUUCUUAGAAAUAGUCCUGGCUUUUGGGAGAAACUUUUGGGCUUUGAAACUAUUAUUGAACCAACUUUCCCAUGAAGAAACCGUUCUCAAUGGCACUGUCGACCUGAUUUUGAGAGAUCUACAUGGUCAGAAAACAACAAUGCUAAAGCUGUGGCAAAACCUUGGUCCCCUGUAUGUGGGUGAAUUCCUUUGCCUGUUCCUGACUUGCAGAAAUCCGAAGAUGCAAUCCAUUGCCCUCUUGAGUCUGAAUAUUAUUACAGAGAAUCUGGAUAUGUGUCCUUGGGCAAAGCAUCUUUGCAGCUUCUUUCAGAAUACAGGACUGAAGGACCUGCCCCUCGAUGCUACAGGUCAUCUUGAAGUCGUGAAGUUCAUGAGCCUAUUUGACAUUUAGUAAUCCGUUAAAAUCUUCAGCAAUGUUUCUCAAGUUGUCUCAAUGUGAGAAAUCACUUCUGGAGCCCCUACAAAUCAUCCUCAGACCAAUCCAAAGUGAGAUCCUAGGUGAAGGUGGGGAGCAGCAGGCUGUGUUCCUUGCACCAACAGAUGUGUUGGGGGAAUUUCCUUUCUUGUUGGUCCAUGUGUUAAUCAUGGGAAUGCGUUUCAGUUUCCUUAAAAAGCUGUUCUACAGAGAGAUGCUGUUCGGUGUUUAGAAUGAGGGAGGGAAACACAAAUGAAGCACACAGCAUGAGUCUUUAUUUCUGUUGUUAUGCAGAUGUGCUAUGGGAGCCAUCUGCAGCAGAACUGCGGAGAGCAGAGGGUUAAAACAAGGCAUCCUGCCUUUGCCCAGGUGUGUGAGUGACAGCAUGCACUGAAAUGCUGUUUGCACACCCUUUUUGUUUUGUGUUAUGAAAAUAACCUGCUCUUGAGGCUGAAGGGCAUUAACUGAAGCGUUCUUAUUGCUUCAAGAAAGCAGAUUGAAGAGGCCUCAUGCAGUGAAUAACUUGUUUUGUUAGUACCUAGCACAAGUUUCAGAUGCAGAUGCAGGUUGUAUGUGGUUUUAUUUCCUGCAGUUGGUGACUUAGGGGGUGGUGAUAGCUCUGGGUUUUUCAAAACCUCAUUUUAGUUCUAAGUUAGAGUUCAUGUUUGACCUGUGGAGGUAGAAAUGAAGAAGUAUUUCAAGCCUGAUAGGUAUCUUUUGCCCUGCUGUGAUACCUGCCUGCAGUACUGUGGCAGGCAGCAGCAGUCAUCAUCUGUGAGUUGUUUUAUUUUGCACAUUUCAGGUUUUUGCAGCUCUCAUUGUUCUAAAUAAACUGCUGCUGUUAAAGUUUUGUACAUCUGGGCCCUGUGUUUGAGUUAA